GUAGCAUGUUUAGCUAACCCUUGGCACAUGUGAGAUCGCAAUGAAGGGAAAGCGGUGUUGAUCAAAACUUUGAAAAUAUCGCAUUUAUCACCACGUCGCACACAGUUCAGACAUGAAAAAGAAGCAGAGGGUUGCCGAGGAGUCGGCAGAGAUGGUUCCUUCAGACUCUUCUCAUGAGGAGGAGGAGGAAGAGAAUGAAGGUCCAGUUAAAGCCAAAAGGAGCAAAACCGAUGGUGCUGUGGAGGAAGAGAAGGUCGUCUACCACCCAGUGAAGCUCUCUCGAAAUGAUCUGUACAGGCCUCCCACAGCAGAGGAGCUAAACCAGUUGAAAGAGGCUGAAAGCCUGUUUCACUGCAGCCUGCUCAAGAUGCAGAUGGAGGAGCUGCUGAAGGAGGUGGCCCUGAGUGAGCGCAGGAAACAGCAAAUCGAUUCCUUCGUUCAGACGGUCACCACGCUACUCCAGGCGGUGCCAUCUUUCCCAGAGGUUGAGGUAAGCGAUGUCUCCUGGCUGUCAGGUGCAGUCAAGGUCCCUUUUCUCCUGGUGCCCAAAACGACAAAGGGCAAAUUCCACAUGGCACCCCCAGCAUCUGUCGAUCUGAUCGGGAGCUAUCCCCUGGGCACCUGUACCAAACCAAACAUCAUGGUGGACCUGGCUGUCACAAUCCCAGCUGCUGUCCUUCACCCAAAAGACGUCCUGAACCAGAGGUAUCCGCGAAAGAGGGCCCUCUACCUGGCAGGGCUGGCCCAGUAUCUCACAUCCUCUCCCGACAUUGGGGCGAUGCGUUACUCCUGUCUCCAUGGAAAUCGACUCCGACCUGUUCUGCUGCUGACCCCUCCAAAUAAAAACUCUUCCAGCUUCACUGUCCGUGUUCACGCGUGUCCUCCUCCUGGCUUCUUCACUCCUAACCGUUUCCACCCCCAGAGGAACAACAUCCGGACAGAGUGGUACACUGGACUGCAGACAUCGCACUCUGAGACCAGCGAACCUCCCACUCCACAUUACAACAGUUCUGUUCUGGGGGACUUACUACCCAGGGCCCACCUCCAGUUUCUUUCUGCUGUCAACUCCCAGUGCCCAGCUUUUGCAGAUGGGGUGGCCUUGCUAAAAGUCUGGCUUCGUCAAAGAGAGCUCGACCGGGGCACUGGUUGUUUUAACGGCUUCCUGGCUUCGAUGCUGUUGGCUUAUUUGCUGAUGACUCACAGGAUCAGUAACACCAUGACGGCUUAUCAGCUGCUCCGAAACAGCUUGAACUUCCUGGCAUCUACAGAUCUGACGGUGAAUGGAAUCAGCCUAGCCAGAGAUCCUGACUCCACAGCUCCUUGUGUUGCAGAAUUUCACAAUGCUUUCCAGGUUGUGUUUGUCGACCCAUCAGGACAUCUCAACAUGUGCGCUGACAUGACCGCUUGCACCUACAAACAGCUGCAGCAUGAGGCAUCUGUGUCGAUGCAGUUCUGGGACAACCCAACGGUGGAUGCUUUCCACAGCCUCCUCAUGACCCCCAAACCCAUGAUAAGGACAAGCGACCAUGUGUUCCAGUUAUGCGAGCUAGUGAAGCUUCAGUCCAGCUGCAAGAAACUGAAUCUCCUCAGUGAGCUCAUGGACCACAGUGGAAACUACGUCCACACAGCGCUCCCUUUCAUUCUGUCACUACUCCAGCGAGGGCUGGGCCAGAGGAUUCACCUCCUCACCCACUCACUCUCUCCUGACCCCGAGUGGUCUGUGGAGAGCGAAGCCCCAAAAUUCAAAGCGCAGCCUCCCCUCUCCUUUGGUUUGCUCUUAAGACCGGAGCUGGCAGCUUCUGUCCUAGAGAGAGGCCCACCAGCAGACAGCCCCAAGGCGGCUGAAUUCCGCGAGCUGUGGGGCCCUCGCUCCGAGCUGCGUCGCUUCCAGGAUGGCGCCAUCACCGAAGCUGUGCUGUGGGAGGGAGAGAGCAUGUGCCAAAAGCGGCUGGUCCCCAGACAGAUCAUUACACACCUGCUACAACUACAUGCAGACAUCCCUGAGUCCUGCGUCAGAUAUGUCGGGGCGCUCCUUGAUGAUGUCAUCAAAACAGGAAGUGAGGUGCCUAGUACUGGAGAGGAGGAGAGUUUAAUGGUGGUUCAGUCUUAUGAUGACCUGAGCAGAAAACUGUGGAGGCUGGAAGGCCUACCUCUCUCGAUCACAGCAGUGCAAGGAGCCCACCCUGCACUCAGAUACACACAGGUAUUUCCCCCCACACCACUGAAGCUGGACUACUCCUUCUUUGACAGAGAAAAGACUUCUAGAUCAUUGGUGCCAAAAGAAGGGAAGCCCUGUCCUGCUUAUGUCACCCCUAUCACAGUAAUCUGUCACAUGGAGGGGAGCGGAAAGUGGCCUCACGACCGCCUCGCAAUCCGCCAUAUCCGAGCUGCUUUCCACAUCCGACUGGGAGAGCUGCUUGAUAAGCACCAUAAAUAUACGUGCAGACCAUGUCCCACUCACCUUGAUGUCUGGAAGGGCGGCCUGUUGUUUCGCAUCCAGGUGGCAUACCAUCGUGAGCCUCAGGUGCUGAGGGAGAGUGUGAAUGCAGAGGGGCUGCUGGUUGUAAGGGACAAUGAGGAGGCUCAGGCUGUGGAGAUGGCCACCAUUCACAAGCCGCUACUCACCAGCACAUUACAUGGGCUCCAGCAGCAGCACCCAUGUUUUGGUGCAGUGUGCCGCCUGGCCAAGCGCUGGCUGGGGUCUCAGCUCUUCAGCGACGACAUCACAGAGGACACAGCAGAUCUGCUCGUGGUGUCGCUUUUCCUGAAGCCUGCACCGUUUACUGUUCCAAGCUCUCCGCAGGUGGGCUUCCUCCGUUUCCUUCAUCUGCUGUCCUCCUUUGACUGGAGGAACAACCCGCUGGUGGUUGACCUCAACAACCAACUCACAGCUGCCGACUACACUGAGAUAAAGAAUGGCUUCAUGGCGUCCAGGGAGUCUCUGCCCGUCAUGUUUAUAGCCACGCCUAAAGACAAAAAGCUAUCCAUGUGGACCAAACGAUCGCCGAGUAUACAGAUGCUGCAACGUGUGAUGACGGUGGCCGCAGAGAGUCUUAAAGUGCUGGAAAGUCAGCUGAUGGACGGCAGCCAGAUACAAGAUGUCAGGGUGGUCAUGCGCCCCCCUUUGGAUGUCUACGACGUUGUGAUUCACCUGAACCCAAAGCAGGUUCCCCUGCUCGGCCAGGCAAUCGACCCACCCGCUGUCACCUUCAGCAGGGGUGUCAUGACCGGCAACGCCUCUCAAACCGGAGGGGCCCUGCCAGUUGUCGACUACAACCCUGUGUCUUUCUACCUCGCAGAGCUAAGGGAGGCAUAUGGAGACCUGGCCCUCUUCUUCUAUGAUCCAUACGGUGGAACAGUGAUUGCGGUUUUGUGGAAGCCAAAGGCCUUCCUCCCUGUGCCCUUCAAGACAUCACAGGUGUCUGCCCGGAGCGUGGAAGUGACUGGCGACCAAGCAAAUACCAUUCCCAAUGCAGAAGCCAUACUCGAGGACUUCCGGAUUCUGGGGAAGGACUUAGUCAAAUCAGUGGAAGCCAAGACUGAAAAAUGGUCAAUUUAACACAGAGAAACCACUUUAAACUGAUGGAUGCCUUUUGUUUUGAACAGAACAAAAGAAAUGUAAAUGAAUGAACUGUGGCUAUCCUGUUAACAAUAUAAUGUGUUAGUAGUGUUGCUGUUAAAGAUGUUUAAACACCAGACAUUUGUCUUUUUUGGUGAAACUGUCUCAUGUCUAAUAAAUGCAUAUCUCCGCUUUUGCAUUUCA